ACUCUUUUUAUUUUCCCAUUUAUUGCAGCCACUGAAAUCAUAUCUGUGAACAGUGAACACACAUACUUUUUCAAAGGAGAGUCGAACAAUUCCGUGCAAAACUAACCGUCGGUUACUGCCUUCAAACUCCAUUCCCUAAAUUUGGCACCGACAACCAACGAUUGGCAUUUGAAAAACCCAUCCUAGAUGAGUCAAAACUGGUUUUCUUGAAAUAGUCAAGGUUAAUCUCAUGCAAAACUUCUCUCCCCUGUUUCUCUCUCUCCAAUAUUGGAUGUGAGCACCUGAUCCGAGCUCCAGUUUCCGGCGAGUCACCUAGUCUCAGGUACCCGGAAUUCUGCACACGGAGGAGCUCCACAUCAACCAACAAUGGAGGGGAAGAAAGAGACAAGGCACAAUGAGAAUGAACAUGAGAAAGAAACUGGUCAAGAAGAUGAAAUCGCUUAUGCUGAUGAAAUGAAGAGCAAGAAGAAGAAUGAGUUACUGCAGUUCCGUCGCAAGGUCGAAGAGGCGAUUAUUGGGAAUUAUCUUCUUGGGAAACCAGGCAAGAAUCCUUCAGCUACGCAAGCAAACCCGAAGACAAAAGAACAGCUAAGAGAUAUUACCAUUUGGGGCGUGCCUUUAUUACCAAGUAAGGGUCAUGCAGGGACCGAUGUUGUGCUCUUGAAAUUCUUGAGAGCCAGAGAUUUCAAGGUGCAGGACGCUUUUGAGAUGCUCCGUAAGACGCUUCGAUGGCGGAAGGAAUACAAGAUUGAUGGAAUACUUGAAGAGAAGCUGGGUUCUGACCUCGAAAAUAUUACUUACUUCAAAAGUAGAGACAGGGAGGGCCACCCUUUGUGUUAUGUUACGUAUGGAGCUCUCCAGGACAGGGAAUUGUGCAAGAAAGCAUUUGGGACGGAAGAGAAGUGCAGGAAGUUUCUGAGGUGGAACGUGAAAAACAUGGAGAAAGGAAUCAAGAAACUGUCCUUCAGCAAUGGAGGCCGUGCGGACUCUAUUUUGUACAUCGUAGAUUUAAAGAAUUUUCAAGGACCAGGAAUGGAAGAGGUUUGUUCUAUUAACAAGAAAUUCAUGAUGCUGCUUGCAGACUAUUAUCCUGAGAUCAUCCACAAAUUUAUUGUUAUAAACGGACCAUUUUGGUACUAUGCAUCCCAUUUGCUGCUUUUACGGUCCACGAGUCGGAGAGACCAGAAAAAUUUCGUCUUUGCCAGUUCAGGAAGAGUUCCAAAGACCCUUCUCAAGUUUAUAGCCCCAGAAAAUCUUCCAGUCGAAUAUGGUGGCCUCAAGAGAGAGAACGAUGAGGACUUUACUCCUGCAGAGAAGGCUUCAGAGCUUAUAAUUAGAGGAACUUCAAUUACGCAUAUCGAGUUUCCAGUCACUGAGGUCGGGGUGACAAUGGUGUGGGAUGUGACUGUAGUCAGAGGGGAUGUGUCCUACAAGGAGGAAUUCAUUCCAAACGAUGAAGGCUCGUACAAUAUCUUGGUCCAAAAUCGAAAGAAAAUGGGAGAGACUGUUAGAAACUCCUUCUACAUCAGUGAACCUGGCAGAAUAGUGAUAACCAUUGACAAUGACACCUUCAAGAAGAAGAGAGUCUUCUACAGAUCUAAAACCAAACCCACGAAUAUCCCUAUCUACGACUUCUCAAGUAAGAGCUAGCUUGCAGCUUCCAUGCAUCCUUUAUACAUUAUAUAUGCUCUUUCUUUGAAGUGGGUUGUAAAUUAAUAGAUCGAGGAAUUAAAAAUGUUACUCCAUCUUGGUUUUAUCUCAUAUAUAUCAUGUUCUGUGAAGUGGGUUGUAACCUUAA